ACGCCCAUUUCCGGCAGGAACUCACCCAAAGGCACUGUUGUGAGCCCGACGUGAUCCUUGUGAGUCCUCACCUUCAGUCGGAAAGCUCAUUGGUUUUGGUCAGACUUUCCACAACACAGACUUUCCAGAUCACAUCAUGGGCGUCACUUACAUCCUCCUGUUGAGCUCUCUGGGCUUUGCCAUUCACACUCGAGCUCAAGACUGCCUCGCACCAGUAGCAGGAGACAAUAUGGGAUUGCAAGACAAUUUCAAAGAUUUAAAAACAUUCCAAAAUGGGCUGAAAGUGUCUUUUGCCUGUAAUGACACCUACAAAUCUGUAGGAGGGUCUCCAAACAUUAUUUGUACUAACGGCAGUUGGAGUCCUCUGAGGCUGAAAUGCGAGAGAAAUAACUGUGGCUCUGCUGGAGAUGUGGCAGAUGGAAAUAUUGAUUACUCUGAAGGGACCGAAUUUGGCAAUAAACUAGUGGUGACCUGCAAAAAAGGUUACUAUAUGAUUGGCGCCAGUCAAAUCUUUUGUGGACCCGAAGGGUGGUUGAAAAGGUUGCCAGUAUGUGAAGUGGUGAUUUGUUAUCCGCCAUCAUCGAGUGAUGUUGUCACUUUCCGUCCAAUCAAAGAGACCUAUGAAUUCCGAGAAGUUGUACAGUACACUUGUCAAAAAGAUUAUACACUCUCUGGAUCAAUAUCCUUAGCAUGUUCAGAAAAUGGAACUUUUCAGCCUAAUCCUCCAACAUGUGUCAUGGUUCAAUGCAAAGAUCCCGAUAUCGAUAAUGGCAAAUGGGUUUCGGGUUCUCGGCGUCCUUACACGUACAAGUCUGUCGUGACUUUGGAGUGCCUUUCUGGAUACACUAUGACAGGAGAGCCCAUCCAAACAUGUGAAAUGGACAGUCGGUGGUUACCUGGACUUCCAACAUGUGAACAAAUACCAACCACCACACAUCCAGCCACCAAGAAAACAAUAGUUGAUGUUGGCCCCACUGACUCACCUGGCAACAAUGGACAUCGCGCAUUCAAAAUCUGGUUGGGUAUUGGUUUGACUGUCUUCAUUGGUAUUGUCCUCACUUUCUGUGGGUGCUACUGGUGUGGAGUUCCGGCAAUCAUCAAACGAAAACGACGCUCUCGGGGACGCUCUCCUGGCAAUGUGGUUCCAAAAGAAGAGGAGGUAGCACUCGCGGUAAGAAGAUGGGCUGCCGAGCACACUUGAACCCAUUUAUGCCAAAGGAACGGAUCAUUCUAUGUGUAUGUCCACAAUGUAUCACUCAUCUUUUCUUUCCGAGCUGCUAACGGACCUUUUGAGCCACUGCCCGCAUCACUUCUCUCCCCAGUUGACGUGUUCCUCUUUCGCAGCGCUGUCGGGGUUGAUUUUACAAUUUGUCAAAACAUGUCUAAUCUGGACGACUUUUCUCUGCUUCUUCUUUUUUUCUGUAGUAAGCGUCCUGUUGGUCCAGCAUUACUGGCUGUAAAGAUGGCGGACAAGAUGUCACUUUGAAUGUACUUGUGCACGUGAAAGAUGCAGGCUUGGGAAAUCCGCCGAAAAUAUCGUUUCUGAACCUCAGUCUGAAAUUAAGAAACCUUGUCUAAUUGAGCUUAAUCCUUAACUGCUUUUCUAAUUUGUUGACAAUAAUUUUAGUCUAUUGCACUUAUUUAAUUCAGUGACGUUUGGGGAUCCGUUCCUUUAACACAUCACCAGAAUGUUUCAACGAUGUGAUUAUGAAGGACUGAGAUGUCACAUGUGCUCCAGAGGCUUACGGAGUCUCCAUGUUGAUUGUAAACGUUUGCACUGCGCCGAGCACAGCUCAGCCUCAUCAAUGUAGCUUGACCAUGGCCUAAAACAAGCAAUAUCCGCUUUAAAUACAGCUCUUAUGAUCACAUUGAUUUGGGUUGAACCUCAAACAUUAAAGAUCUAAAAAUAAGGGAUGUGCCAUAUGCCUUAUUGCAAAAAGCCAAGUGUUUUAGCUUGUCUGUUAUUUCUUUUAAAUUGUCAAUGGAGGCUUAAUUCUUGGCCUACCUUUUGUCAAAUGUUUGUUAAAUAAUUAUCCAUGUUUAAUGCCAUAUUUGGCACAUUGUUUUGUGUGUAGCCCUAUAACUUAACCAGAUUUCAUUAAACAAAUCAUUUCUAUUUUAUAUUUGUGAAAACGUGCCCUCGCCCCCACACAAAGUACUGGUUUUGUUUCCGUGGUUGCAUUAAGAUAUUCUGUAUUUAUUGAACACAAAUGUUUUUUAGGUCAUCUCAGAACGAUUUGUGUAUUCUGUGGCAUGCUCUUAUCUUGGCCCUACCUUUUUGUAAUUAAAUUGUGAAAUAAAACGAAACCAAACGAU